UAGAGGUGUCAUAGAGAACAUGAUGGCUUCCUCGUCCACGCUGCUGUCCAUGAGCAUGCCACCUACCCCGGAGCCUGGGGUGGCUCAGGUCCAGAGCACAUGUGCAGCUUGCAGCUUAGAUGUCAGUGAGAAGGUUAGCCAGCUGUUCAAGCGCUAUGAGCAGCUGCAGGACUUGAUUAACAACUUCAUGUUAAGGCAGGCAGAAGGCAAACUAGCCAAGAAACCCAAGCACCGCCAGGAUGAAGAGAUGCUUAACCAGAUCCAAAGCACCAUCCUGCAAGUUCAGGAUGACUGUGAGAAGCUGAACGCCACCGCAGGCACGCUUGUAGAAGAUCAUCGCCAGAAGCAGAAGGAGAUCAGUGUAGGUGAUCUUGACACCAGGUUAGAGGGUCAAAUGACAUGGGACAUUCCCAAUGUUGUUGCUUCACAAGGAUUUGGUGGUGCUUCCUCCAGGAAGAAGCAGCUGGCUCUCCUCCCUCUGCUUAAGCAAGUGCAAAGCAGGUGA